UAUCUUAUGUGCAUAAUUUGGUUCGCACUAUUUUCAUCAUGUCGCCAUCUUUCACAAAAGCGGAUUAUUGCGCUGCCAGACAUUAUUUCAAUAUAGCGUUAUACUUUUGUAAAAAAUACAGAAUUGUAAAGUAACAAAGCAAAAUUUGUUAUAUCCUUCCGUUCUAGUUUUGCUCGUUUUUCACAUAAAUACAACUUUGUUGCGAAUCAAAGGACUAUUUUAUGCGUUUGCCGAUUUUUGAUGUGUGUCGCGGUCCCAUUUCCUGUCUAAUUUAGAAAAUAUGAGGAUUGAAGUAAUUUUGUGAUAAAGACAAGAUACUAUCAAAGAUGGAUUAUGAAAGAUGACAGAAACUUUAAACAAAGAUGAUGAGACACUUGUGCGUGUUCAGGCACAGGUUAUGACCCGCGACGAUUCAAGCGGAGGUUGGGUUCCAAUGGGUGGUGGUGGCCUCAGCUAUGUGGGUCUAGUACGGCGUGUGAGACCUGCUGAAGAUAGCACAUGCAAGAAUGAAUAUCUUAUUCUUGGACAGCGGAUUGCUGAUAACUCUGUUGUAUUGAAAUGUGAUAUUAAAAAGGACAUUUGUUAUACGAAACCAAAUCCAAAAUUUCACCAUUGGCACAUUGAGGAUAAAAGAUUUGGCUUAACAUUUGAACGUUACAAUGAUGCAAAAGCAUUUGAUAAGGGUAUAAGAAAGGCAGUUGCUGACUUAACUGAUGUUUGGUACACUGUUCUUGAUACCAAGGAACCACAGCAACCCUCAGAUGGUUAUGAAGAUGGUAAAAUUGAUGAAGUGUUUGAGGAGCUUGAGUUACCGAUCUCGAGAACAGGGAGCUCAUCGCAAAGUACAACAUCAACCACAACAAGUAGUCCACAAUCUCCAACUUCUUAUGUACCAUCAGUGCCAGACAUGAUGUAUAAUAACUCACACAAUAAACACCUCCAUCGUGUUCUUUAUUUCCCGUCACAACACAACAGCCAUCACAAACACACGUCACCGCAGAGUGAUAAAAGUACUAGUAGUAAAGACAGUUCAGAAUCUCAAGGGGAUAUUUGGGUUAAAGCUGAUGAACCAACUUCUAUAAGUGGCAAAUCUGAUCAGGGACUUUUAGACUCAAUGUCCUCCGACAAUGUGGAGUUGAAAGAAUAUUCCUAUGUGAUUUUUGCUAAAAGCCAACCACAUGAAUAUAGUUAUCCAAAUUUAGAACCUGUUCAAAAGCCGCCCUCUAAAAGAGAAGCAAUAUGUAGUAAGAAACAUGCACAGAUAACGGUGCAACCGAAGCCCCCUCUCCCAAUGAAAACUAGUAAAAAGAAAGAUAAACACAAGACUUCCCAAACAGGAAGGUUAUUGACAAAAGCCCGGUGCAAACACUGCCAUGAGACAUUCUCACAUGAGGAUAAUCACAGGGGAAGUUGUGAGGAAGCCCCAGACAAUGUAGAGAAAUGUAUUGAAAUUGUAACAUGUGUUUGGUGUGCAAAAGGUCUGAUAUACCACUGCAUGUCGGACGCAGAUGGGGAAUAUGGACAUCCUUGCAUUUGUGACCCGUCUGAUGAGUCAAACUGUAAAAAGUGGACAGUUUUGUCAGUUUUAUCGUUAUUUGUUCCAUGUUUAUGGUGCUAUUGGCCUUUAAAGGCCUGCCACAUGUGUGGUGUCUCAUGUGGUUGUUGUGGUGGUCGGCACAAAGCUUCCUGAGGCACAAUCACACAUGAUACUUAUCACUGAUAUUCGCAGUAUUUGUAAUUGCUCGCCUUUCUGUGUGCACUGUAGCUCGGGGUGGUUAAAGGUUAGUGAAAACCCGACGUUGUGAGACAAAAAUCUCUGUAGGUCAGUGCGUAGAGAUAAGGUUGUCACAUACCAAAAGUUGUGAGUGACUUGUAUGGCCAGUGGGUAAGAGCUGGUUGUCACAUACCUCCGCUAAAUAGAGAUUACACAAUAUUAUUGUGAUGUGUUACCUGCAGUGCUUCAAGGUUGUCCGAAAUUCUGAAAAAUACAACAACAUCCAUGUAGGGAUAUAAAAACGCCUGUUGUAGACUAGUUAUACAGUCAUUCAGUGCAAUUAGUUAAAGUGCAGUUGUAGACAAAAUGUUAGAGAAUAAAAAUAUAACAUAAAUAGUUUGUAGACUUGGAAGUGGUCAUGUUGGAGUGAGAAAUAGAAACUGGAUGGAAAUUUUCAUUUUCCUGUUUGAAGGUUUUGUGUUCUUCCAAGAUGACAAGAGAGAAGAUGAGACAGUGUUGUGGCUAAAGUUAGAGCUGUGCUCGUUGAGAUGGGAAAUAUUCAAGGUCACUUUAAAAAAUGACCUAGACUGUUUCCGUAUGAAUGGAAUUGGUGCUCAAUCUGCACAUAAACUGUUCAAUAAUCAGUGUGAUACAUUUUUGGAGUUAAGGAUUUUAUAAUCCGGAUUAUGGUAUCCUCAUGCAGUAUAUUUUACACUUCAAUAGUGCUUGCAUUCUACAUGUGAUCAUUGGGGCUUCCCAUAAAUAAUAGAUGCUCCCUAGCUGUGUUUUUACAACAGUAUUUUCUCUUGCUUAUAUUUUAGCAUUAUUACAGACAUUUUUAACUACAUUUUUUAGUGGAAUAGUAAACUUUGUUUGUUUACUUGAAAUUUUUACAUACAUUAUAUUUUAUUUGAAUAGAAUGGGAUUUAGUAUAGUAUACAUUAAGUCUUUGCAUUGUCAGUUUGUUUUGGGUUCAAAAACAAAACAACAACAAAAAAAUGAUGAAGUUUCUAAAAAACUAAGUUAAUGAGUCAAACACAGUAGGAAUCAGAUAUUAUUUUUGGAUGACCCAUUUUACGUUAUUUUUGUGUUUACACUUCUGUGCUUUUAAGUGAUUUAUUGUUUUCUUAUAGUAUUCUAUUAGUAUAUCUUAUUGGAAAGAAACACCCAUUGUAUCUCAAUGACCUCUAAUUAUGCAACUGAGUAUAGUGUGACAAGACUUUGCUCAUUAGUUUGUUAGUUGUUCCUUAAAUACUUUUGUACUUACCUUUAAUGAACAAUACUAAAAGGCUUAACAAGUUAUGUUGAACCAACAAUACAUAUUAUUUCUGCAAUACAAAAAUAUAUUAAACAAACUCUUUCGUAUAAGUAUUUUUUUGUCUAGAAGUAACAUUGUUCUUUUCAAUAAAUAUAAUUAUUGAGUUGGAUUUUUUUUCUCAGAUUCAUAUUUUUGAAAUGAAAGUAAUGAUAUCUGUUGAUCUAUGCACUUGUGAAUGAAUAUGUAAUACACAGAUCUUAUAGUAUAGUAUUGCUGUCAAAUACUGUUGCAUAUCUGACUAGAAUGAGUAGCUUGCUAUGAUAAAUGAUUUACACAUUAGUUCAUUAUGCUUUACUGAACACAAGAAAUUUACAUAUGUUGUAACAAUACCCACUGUUAGAUUCAAUUUAAAGUGUUUGUCUAUUGCUUUGAAUUGAUUUGACCAAAACUAAUCAAGAAAUUUACAAAUGACUUUUAUUUAGGAGUAUCAACUGAGGAAGCUAAAUAAAGCGAAACAUGUUUUGAUAGGUUUUUGAUUCAAUUGUCCUAUUUAGGAGUAUUCUAAUUAGUACUGUUCUUGAUUAAUGAUAAACUAUCUAAAAUGGACUUGUUCAACUAAACCAUUUAUCAUUUUGAUGGAGAUUUUCGAGUAUUGAUUGAUAGUGAACAGUGGAGAUGAUGAUAAGAUGGCAGGGAUGUUGAUGUUGGUCUGUACUGAUCACAUUGGUACAUUCAUUUACAGCUAGGCUUAAUAAAAAACUGGAUUUGAUCAAACAAACUUGUGCAUGUCUCAUUGUGACUUUUUAUAAUUCCAUGAAUUUUGUAAUAAAUCAAGUAUAAAAUUUA